UAAAUAUUUGGUUAUAUUUGUAGUUUUCAAUCUUUUAUCUGAUUACAUUUAGUUCCUAAGCUUUUUUUAUUAUUAUUGAAAAGGACACAAAUUUAAAAGGUCAAAAAGUAAUACUAUGUAUGUGUCAACAUUGUAAUGAUAUAUUCUCUCAAAAAAAAAACAUUGUAAUGAUAUUAUAUUCUGUAUAGGAAGAUACAUUUUUACACAGAAUUAUUUAUCCACCUUUUAAAAAUGUGUCUACGUACUUUAAAAUGUUUUUUUUGGCAUAUGUAGCUUUUCUAUAGGAUUAUUUGUUUGAAUUUUGCUUAAAAAAACAAAUGCACAUAAAUGAAAGGGAAAAAACUUCUCUUGCUUAAAAAAGACCUAACGGAACUUUGAUACGAUCUCUACUUAAUUCUCCUGUACAAACUCAUCAGAGGUGUGUACAGCUCUGACAAGAGGUCAUCAACCAAGAUAUUUGACAAAAAGGGGCAAGAGAUUAUCUUCAUAAUCUCGGAAGUGAACUGCGUGAUAAUUAAGUUAUAUUUAAUCCUCUAUGUGUUUCAAACAACCAUCGACAGAUUCUAUACUAGCCUUGGUUGAUUUCUUGCAUCAUACAGUUCAUUGACAAACACAUCAAAAACCCACCGAUCUCAAUCUGAGCCUUAGAGCAUGAUUAUUAGGAGGUUUUUAGAGUGGAGUUCUUAGCGGAAUAUAAGAAUCCGUCUCUUAAUUUUUAAAUAAAAAAAACUAAGAACCGCCUCUUAAAACUCUUAUUUAAGAGCCGGUUCUUAGCUUUUUUAGUUAAAAGUUAAGAGCCGGUUCUUAGCUUUUUAGUUAAAAGUUAAGAGACGGGUUAUUAAUGUGGAGUUCUUAGCGGAAUAUAAAAACUUGUCUCUUAAUUUUUAACUAAAAAAAACUAAGAACCGGUUCUUAAAUAAAAGUUUUAAGAGACAAGUUCUUAUAUUUCGCUAAAAACUCCAUCUUAAGAACCCUCCAAUAAUCAUGCUCUAACAGAGUUAGGGGACACCAAAUAUGAGGAAAGCUUUGAGCGCUGGCUUGCAAGUGAGUCGAACUGAUUAGUUUAAUUCUUUAAGUUCUUCUUCUUUAAUCCGAUUAUUAGAGCAUCUUUAUCGCUCAAAAGUGAGCGUCUCUUAGGGGGGCCCACGAAUGUGGAAAAAACUGUGUGCUAUGUGGGCAAAAUAAGAGACGUGUGUGUUAUGUGUUUUUUGCACUGUUCGCAGGCCCCAUCGACAAUUGGCAGCCCGCGAUUGGUGCGCUUUUUAAUUUUUAAUUUUUUUAAUCAGAAAAAAAAAUUAAGAAACCCUUAAUGGGGUUUACGGAUAAAGAUGCUCUUAGUACCUAAAAAAAGAACAAAACUUGGGUUCACCCCUGUGGUGAACUCUUAAAUUCACCUCAACUCUCUACACCAAUUAAAGUGCAUGUAGGAUUAGUUAAAAAAAAUUAAAAAAAACAAGGAAAAUAUGUGAAAAAAUAUAAAAGAAGUUGUUGUCAAAGAAGAGAACGUGAUCUCUAUUGCCUCUUCCUCUUUCUUCUUCAUCCUCACAGAGAAGAUAUGAAGUUUUAUUUGUCAAGUUUAAGUCUCUUAUGAGAUAGAUAAACAAUAAUCUGCAUCAAUUUCUCAACCCUAAAUCCUAAACCCAAAUCGUAAACUCUAAACUUUAUUUAGAUGUAUUAGGUUUGGGUCUAGAGUUUACAAUUGAGUUUGGGUUUAGAGUUUACAAUUGAGUUUGGGUUUAGGGUUUACAGUUUGACUUUGGAUUUAGGGUUUACAGUUUGGGUUUAGGGUAUAAGAUUUGGAUUUAGGGUAUAGAAUUGUAUUUGAAAACACAUAAUAAGAGACUCAAAGCUUGACAAAUGAAGCUUCAUAUCUUUUAUGUGGAGAUGAAGAAGAAGAAGCCGACGUCUUUUAUGUUUUCAACUGUUUUUUUUUCUAAUUUUUUUUUUUACUUAAUCUUACAUGGUAUUUUAAUUGGUUUAGAAGGUUGAAGUGAAUUAGAGAAUUCACUACAGGGGGAACCCAAGUUUUGUCCCUAAAAAAUCUCAAACUUGAAGUAGCAUUUGAUGUAAUUUUUUUUUGGAAUAAUUUUACAUUUUUUUCUUUAUUUUUAAGGAAAAAAGUAAAGAGAUAAAAAGAAAGAGGAGAAGGAUAUAGACGUUAUAUGUUAUUGAUUAUUUUUCUUAAUGUCUGAGCAACGGUAGAGUCAGUAUUAAUACAGAUUACACAUAGAAUACUUAUAUUCCACAUACCUGUUGAUUAUAAAUUAAUUGAUACAGCUACGUAGUUCAUGUCUGGAUGAAAUCACCUACCAGUUGAUGUAUAAAUUGACUGUCUGCUCUAACUAAUUUUUUGGUUAAUUCACAGAUCAUAAUAAAGUUAAAGCUAUAACUUAUACGGCUAUACAUCGUUUAAUUGACUAGUGACCGAACACUGAUAGUAAUCUACACGACAAUGCAAACCAAACCAGUUAAGAAAAGUCAAGUAACAUCCACUUUACUGAUCAAAGUUAUAAAUAUUAAAAGCAUUAGCUAAGUCGUACAUCUUCUUUAUACAUAAAAAAGGGUUUGAAUCCCUCCUAGAGGGUGUCACUAAUUCAUGGGCUUCGCAAUUAAAAGCCAACGUUUGGUUUUCAUAUUCCCAAUAAUAAUUAACAUGACCCAAUAAAACUUAGUACUUCGGGCUCACGAAUAAUAUGUUUUUGACGAUCUGAGUUCCGUCUUCUUUCUCUUGGGGGUUUUUCACCUCCUAUCAAACAAUUGUACUAUAUAUGUCAUUGAGUUACUGGAUCGAAUUCAUAAAUCUUAACAUCGUAGUCAUGCAAAAGAACAAGAUUUAUGAAUUCUUCAGAGAUUUGCAGACCAGCUUGAUACUUUUUUGAUACUUAACACGAUCAAUGUACACUAGAGUGGACUUCUGCAAGAGAUUGUGUGGCGUCUCAGUGAUCAGAAGUAUUUAUAGUGGAGAAAGCAUGUAGAACACACUAAGAGAUUGCUGCAACGGUAUUAAGAUUGGUAAAAUCUUAAUACACAUAAAGAAUAAUGCUGGUGUCAGGUCGGUUUCUCUUCUCUGAGAAUACGUUUUCUCACACAUCUCAGCUCGAUGAUUGAAUUAUCUUUCCAUGCAUUUGAUAUAUGAGAAGCUACCAAAAGAUAUCGCAAGCCUGACAUGUCUUCCUCCUUGACCCUGUUAUAGCUUCAGGUUCGUAGUAACCCACACAAAAGCUAUAAACAAAGGUUAACAGCAAUGACUAACAUUUAAGAAUGUUAACAAGAAAUUCUGCAGUGAAUGCUAUAUCUAAUAUCUUUGCUUAUUACUUAUUAGCAAGGGAGUUCCAGAAUCGCAUAUUAUCUUUCUUAACUUCAUAGCAGUAAACACCAUCCAAACAAAACCUUUGUCUACUUUUCCUCACUCAAUUGAUCACCAUUGUUUUGUACUAACACAAGAAUAAAACUGCAGGAACCUCAAGGGAUUCACGGGCUCUGCAAGAAACAUCCAAUGGUAAAGAUUAUGACUUCAGAAAUCGAUGCCUCACUCAGUGAGGACUCGCUUGUGAUUCCAGGUCUUGGAGAAUUCGCAGACCAUUACUUUGGUACAGACAACUCAAAAAAGUAUCAGGAAUAGAAUGCCGAUUACUUAGUUCCAUUUUUCCCAAUCAAAGAUGGUUGCUGCAAGGAAGCUGUUGUAACACGCCUUCUUCAGUUUUGGGAGGCUAGCAAUGUGAAAAUGGUGGAGACUGGAGAGCUCAUGGCUGUGGACAUUGUUAGGUAACUAGUCUAUUAUUUCUGAGUUUGUCUGGCCUCAAUGUCAACUCAGAUUAUAGAUGAGAUCAACUUCAACAACAUAUCACUUCAACCCCAUGAAAUAUUUUUUGUUUGAGCUGGUGAAUAGAAAACACCCGACAUCCCUUCGUGAAAGAGUCAUAACACUCCAAAAACAGCGAAGAAUGAAGGUCUCAACGGGGCUUUCACGGUUAGCCAAGACAAGGAAAGAAUCUAUUACAACAUUCAAAAGAAGUGGACAAGUUGCAGGCCAUGAAUCAUGUUCACAAUCUCUAUAAUUUAGUUAAGAUGAUAAGGUUCCAUGAUAAAAAAACGUUUGCACCACGUUUUUGGACACAGCUCAUCUCGAAAACGCUACAAGACUAGCUAGGAAAAAAUAUCGAGGGACUCAAAAAAGUUCUCACCUCCUAACCUCGUUUCAAACUGCAGGUCACUAUCGCCAUAUCCACCUGCACACGUAGCUCCGCAGAGAAGUGGGGAAUCUAGAAGUCUCCAAGAUUGUAGUGUUCAAACUUCUCAGAACCAGACAGACUAUAAAACUGUUAAAUGCAAAUAAUUUUCCUACAAAUCAAGGUGCUACCUCUGAAACAAUUAUUACCAUUUACGUCAUUUAACCCAACUUUCUCUUCCACAUCCUCUUAUUAUUCACAGCUAAUGCUAAACAAAACAGAGCUUUCAGGAUUCAGCUUAUAAAAUUUAAACGUCAGCAAAGUAUGGCAAAAAGUAAUAUGUUCUCCUCUCCAACCAGAUACUCAUUAUAACACAUGCAUAAAUUAUACUUUUUUCCUGCAUAUAUACGGAGCAAAUCACAGUGUGUUUUUUGUGUGGCUAAUAAAUAAUGCUAUUAUUUCUAACAGAGCCAAACACACCGUCCAUGAACAGGAGGUUCACAUAUUCAACCUUAUCCUCUAUUCAGCUAACAUAAAACACUAACUGAUCUCUGGCUUCCUUACAUGCAACAGGACCACUUCAACCACGUCCAAAUAACAUAGGAACCAAGAAAAGCAACAGCUCCAGAAAUUGAGAUUUGGUAACAUGUCCUAUAUGUAAUACCUUAGUGUGGACCGGUGAAGCAGUAAGGAUAGUCAACCAGCAUGCCAAUAGGAGGUUCUACAUAUGUUGUAACAAGGAAGUUGAGCUCCUACCACUCCGAACUUCCUUCACCUUUAAAAGAGCUCCUUGACACACCAAGGUUCCGAGUUUUAAUACGUGUUGCGAAUGGAAUGAUUGCUCUUACUUCAACGGGUGCUCAUGUCGAUCAUACUAUCACUGGAAAACCUGGCCAUUCAUUUACCGAAUACAUGGUCAAAACCAACACCGUAUCGGUUCACUCUUGUAUGUUGACGAAGAACCACCACAGUAUCUCCAGCUAUAUAUUUUUAUACUGUAAAUAAAAUGGAAAAAGAAGAAAGCCUUAUGACAAGGAACAUCAACUAUAAACUUAGACAACCAAGAUUCACAUUUUCCUUCUCACCUUCGAUUGAUGUCAGUUAUCCCCAUCUUCAGUUUAAUUAUUUAUAAAUAAAUAUUUAAGUAAAAUAGAGUUCUAAAUACAAAAUUGACAUAGCAUAGCUUAAUUUUGUGUGAAAUGUUCAGAAUUUAAAAAUUCACAGUUCUUUAAAAAAUAUAAAAGAUGAAAAUAUUUUUUAAAAAUAUCUCAAGUCUUAAGUUUAAAAUACAUAUAUAAAAACUAAGAAAUAAAAAAAAUGAGCCAAAACAUUAAAAAAGGUUUGGAAGAGAAAAAACAUGAAAGACACGAGUGGAUGGCCAAUGUCAGCAUAGUAUUCAAUGUAUCACAUAGAUUAACAUAACACAAAUGAUCGAGUAGUCUAAGUUGUAUAGAUAUGAAUGGAAAGAGAAAGUUGACGUCCAAUAAAUAAUGGCGUUGUUAAAGACAUAAGUGACUAGAUUGUUGCACAAAAGAGUUUGGUGUAUAUAAAAACCAGAUGUGAUUAAAAUGAUAUAUAUGAUAGAUUGUGGAUUUUAUGGAAGGAACUAUUCAAGUUUUCAUACUUCAAUACAAAAUUUCCAGAAUAAAUAGAAAAUAUUUUAGAAUGAAAGAGAAAAAUCUAAUUACAAUAUUGUUUUUGAAGUGAUUCUCAUGAAAUUUCAUUUUUUUUGCAAUGAGCUCAAGUUAAAGAAAUUAACAAAAAGAAAGAUGGAAACCAUAACGAAUGAUUAAUAAACCAUCAAAACAAAUAUUUUUAUAAAAAUUAUAUUAAAAUUAAAGUUUAGAAGAUAUAACAAAUAAAAAUGAAAAAAUAUUGAAAAUACAUAAUAUAAUUGCGAAAAUAAGUCAACAAACAAUAAUUUAGUGAAAUGCAUAUCUAAUCUAAAAUAUAUAUAAACUUCCAAAAUAUCUAAAAAUUAUAAAAACAUAAAAAAAGGAAAUACAUUUGUGAUAUAAUUUUUCACGUAUCAUCAAACUAAAACCAAAGGAACAAAAAUUUAUUCACGCAAAUAUUUCAAACUUUACAAAUUGAUAUGAAAUUGAUGGAAAAACACAAGCAGUGAAUAUACAUACUCAAGACAUUUUAUUUUUUUUAAAUAAGAUUAUCUAAUAAAUAAUCAUUAAAAUAUCAUAGGACUAUCACCAAGUAUAGACACACUUUUAAAGAAUCAAAAUGACAUCAUAACAUCAUUUCUUGAACUUUUAUAUUUAAGCAAAUAAUUACAAAGUUCUGACUAACCGCGAUACACAAAAAUCUACAAAAAAAACAUAUGAUAGUAAAUGAUCUCAAAUAAAUCAAUAAAACAAAUUAAAUGCAUCAUCUAAAUAAAAAUAAUUAUUAUUUUAUUCAAAGAAUUACAACUAUGUAAUUAUGUAAUUUAGUCAUCCAUACCUACUUCAGCUCUCAAUAUUGUUUAAUAAAAAUAGAUAACCAAUCUUUCAAAAUUUAAAAUAAAUGUACGAUUUGAACACUUAAUUACGUAAAUCCCGCGCGAAGCGCGGAUUCGCCGUAGUAUAUAUACCAAUGUGCGUUACUAUCAAUUACAAUUUUAAUUUUAGCUUUGUAACACUAGAUCUACAAACACUUCAUUUUAAUGGCUGACAAUAUUGUUUUAGUGUUUGACAAGUAAAGAAGUAAAAUUAAAAGUACGUACCAAUUAAUCACGUCUCUAAUAAAGUUACAGCUAUACUUAACUUAUACGGCUUGCUUUACAUCGAUCGUCACACUGACUCGUGAGCAAUGUCGUCUCCAAGUUACCACACCAACAGCUUAUGCAAAUAUCUCAUAAUCCUAGGCGCUGUCACAAUGUCCUCCAUCUUCGUCUUCUUCAACCAAACCUACACAAUUUCAGAAUCUUUCUACGGUAACAUAUUCACCAUAAAAUGUCAAAAGAGGCUCUUGCAGCCUAAGGAGACUGCCACGAACUUGAGCCAUUUGAUGUUUGUGGUGGUGGGGAGCCCACGUACAUGGAAGAAGCGAAGAAAUUACGUAGAAUCAUGGUGGAGACCAGACGUCACACGUGGCAAUAUCUUCUUUGACGUGAAACCGUCUGAAGAGUUACUGCCUUGGUCUCCGACCUUCCCGCCGUUUAGAGUCAGUGAAAACGUCAAGAAACUAAGAUUUUACCGGAAGCUCCGAAAACCAAGUCACACUCGGUUCUAUAGAGCCAUUCUAGAGACUUACAGGCUCAUGGACGAGGGUGUGAGAUGGUAUGUGACGGGUGAUGAUGAUUCUCUUUUCUUCGUAGACAACUUAGUGGAUGUGUUGUCAAAAUACGACCACACGAGACAACAUUACAUCGGAACGAACUCGGAGACUAUAAAAUCAAACGUUUACUUCGGUUUUAAUAUGGGAUUUGGAGGAGGAGGAUAUGCUUUAAGUUAUGCUCUGGUGGAGGCUUUGGUGGUAAAACUGGAUGAAUGUGUGGAAAAGUAUCAUUUCAUUUGGGCAGUAGAUCAGAUACAAAGUUUUUGUUUGGCUGAAUUGAGCGUUGAUCUUACCCUCGAGAAAGGAUUUCAUCAGGUGGAUCUAUUCGGUGACAUAUCAGGCUUCCUCUCGUCCCACACAACGGCUCCUCUUCUCAGCCUCCACCACUUCGCUACCGUAUCACCACUAUUCCCUGGCAUGGACCGUCCCGGCUCAGUCCUUCAUAUCAUGAAAGCGGCCAAUGUGGACCAAUCACGGAUGCUACAACAGUCGAUAUGCCACGUCAGAGAAAGUAACUGGACAUUUUCGGUCUCGUGGGGAUACCCUGUUCAUAUAUAUGAGAAGAUAUUCCCGCGGAGCCACUUGAAGCUUCCCAUCGAGACAUUCCGUCCUUGGUACAGAGGACGGCCUCCAGUUUUCAUGUUUAACACGAGGCCGGUUUCUCGGGAUCCAUGUGAAGCUCCUCAUUGGUUCUUCUUUGAUUCGAUUGAAAAAGAGAACGAUGGAGUUGUUACUUCUUUUACACAAGGAAGUUUAUUAGAAACAUGACUUCUUGUUCCUUCUCUGGUAAUAUUUCUGCUGAUCCUAUUGCUUCGAUCCGAGUCUUCUCUCCCAAAACUCCAAGACAGGGAAGAAAAGUGGAAUGUUGCGACGUGGAGUAUGAAGGUGAGGUUGCAAGUAUAAAACUUCGAGACUGUAGGAGAGACGAAAUCAUCGCCUAAUGAGAAAGGAGAGGCUACCCAAAUAUUCAUAUGUUUACGCAAAUUAACUACUUUGGUUGUUCUUUUUUUUUUUGUCUUUUUUUAAAAAAAUCAGUCGAUAAAUCCAUGUAAACCACAAAGCCAUUUUCACAAGGCACAUGAAUACAUAUAUGAAAAACUACCCUUAGGACUCUUCCGGCUAGAAAACAAAGCUAGUCUUUUUUUUCUUGAUGGUAAUUUAAGAAAUAUAUAGAAGG